CGCUUAUUCGUAUUAUAUGUGAUUGGCUGUGCCGCACACUGACAGUCUAUAGACUCAUCUGUACAUGCCAGGCGUCAAAGGAGGGCCAUGGCUGACGCUCAUCGAGAAAUUCAACCAGCGCAUUAUAUCGCUGAAUCGAAACAAUGGCUUCCAGGUCCAAGUCAAGAUAGAGCAGAACACAUGCCCAGUUUCAUCCGUGUUGUAUCAUGGAAUAUUGAUUGCAUGAGGCCAGAGCCAGACCUUCGCCUAGACGCUGCUCUCUCCUAUAUCCAGCACCAGGUCUUCAAGUGCAGGACAAAUCGUAGGCGGCCUGAACCAUGCUCUAUCCUCCUCCAAGGCGUCCUGGCUACAGCAUUCGAUACCAUUCUCAACAACAAGUGGGUCCAGAAUUUCUUCGUCGUCAUUCCUUCAACCACAGACGCCUGGCCUAAGCUCGCAAAGUAUGGCACAGUCACCCUCCUCUCUCGUUCCAUUCGCAUCAUGAAGUCAACUUCUAUCCAUUUCGGCUGCUCUGAGUCGCAGCAUCAUGCUAUUUUCGUGGACGUCAAGCUAAGCGGUCUCCUCGAUACAGCCCAAGCUCUCCCACCAUCCGAGUCUGUCGUCACCUUGCGAAUUGCUAACACCCACCUUGACCCAUUACCCGACGGCACCCCAAUCAGGGAGAAACAACUCAAACUUGUCGCUGGUGCUUUAAUGCAGGAUGGGCUGUUUGGAGGAAUCGUUGGAGGUGACUUUAACGCUGUUUCACCCGACGACUCCGCACUGGUUGAAUCUGUUGGCUUGUGGGAUGCAUGGAGCGGCGACGAUGAAGGAGGCUUCACUUGGGGGUAUCAACCUCGUUCUCCGCUUACACCAGGAAGACUAGACAAGUUGGUCUAUACGCCUCGUCCAGGUUUAUUUAUAGAUACCCCAAAGAAGAUAGCUCUUGGGAAGAAAUACGGGAAGCUGAUGCGGAGGAGGUGGAUCAGUGACCAUUAUGCUCUACUGACCAAGGUUCAAUGCGUAUAUUUUGCAUCCGACGCUUCAGAUCAUGAUCCAUCAGACCACGGGCACAUCCAACAAGGACUGAGAGAGCAAAGGAAUAUCGAAACAUGCUCGCUUGAUCACCCACUCGUGUCUCAUUCACCACCCCGUAGCAAACACAUUAUUCCACUCCAUCCCGGUACCAAUUCUCGGUCCAGACGGAAGGCCUGGAAACGCUUGCUGCGCAUGAAGUCGUCAAGCCCGAGUGUAGAACAGCAUUCUGACGAGACUAGGACCCUCUGAAAGGAAAGGCCAGAUACCCACUUCUAAGUACAUAUUAACCCGCACAUACUCGCGCACAUCACGCAUAUACAUUACUUUCUAGCUGGACCUCACACAACCAACAAUUUAUCAUGAUUUACUGUAGAAUAUUUUGUAUGCUAUCACGCCGCGGCUGUCUUGAAUUUAUCUUAUCAUGUUUUUUGG